GCAUCUAUAAAGGGCACUGCUUCCGGAUCAAUCACUUCCCAGAGGACAAUGAUUACGACCACGACAGCUCCGAGUAUCUCCUUCGCAUCGUGCGAGCCUCCAGUGUCUUCCCCAUCCUCAGCACCAUCCUGCUCCUGCUGGGAGGGCUCUGCAUUGGCGCAGGGAGGAUCUACAGCCGCAAGAACAACAUCGUGCUCAGUGCCGGCAUCCUCUUUGUGGCUGCAGGCCUCAGCAACAUCAUAGGCAUCAUCGUCUACAUUUCCAGCAACACGGGCGACCCAAGUGACAAGCGUGACGAAGACAAAAAGAACCAUUACAACUACGGCUGGUCUUUUUACUUUGGAGCCCUGUCUUUCAUUGUGGCCGAGACCGUGGGCGUCCUGGCUGUAAACAUUUACAUUGAGAGAAAUAAAGAGUUGAGGUUUAAGACCAAACGGGAAUUCCUUAAGGCCUCUUCCUCCUCCCCUUACGCCAGGAUGCCGAGCUACAGGUACCGGCGACGGCGCUCGGGGUCCAGCUCCAGGUCCACGGAGGCCUCGCCCUCCAGGGACGCGUCUCCCGUGGGCCUGAAGAUCACCGGAGCCAUCCCCAUGGGCGAGCUGUCCAUGUACACGCUGUCCAGGGAGCCCCUGAAGGUGAGCACGGCCGCCAGCUACAGCCCCGAGCGGGAUGCCGGCUUCCUGCAGGUGCACGACUUCUUCCAGCAGGACCUGAAGGAGGGCUUCCACGUGGGCGUGCUCAGCCGCCGCACC